GUUGUUUCCUCCUCUCUGCAGAUGACUGAGCGGCGUGAGUACGGUGCGGUGGACCGCCUGACCCACGGUCUGCAGGCGGGCCGGCCGCAGGCGGACGCCCCCGUCCACCCGGUACAGUCGGCCGUGGCGCGCCAGGAGCGACUCGAGGCCGGCCUGCGCUCCGACUGGCUGCGCCAGGUGCAGGGCGUGCACGCGCCGCUGCGGCUGCACGCGGAGAAGCGCGCCGCCAGCCGCGUCGGCCGCCUGCCCUUCCUUCAGUCGUCCAACAUCAUGAUGGACACGCUAACCGGACGCGACGAGACGCUCGACUUCAGCGACUACCUGGGCGCCGUGGACGCCUCCGAGGUGAUGGGACAGCCGCACGCCGUCGUGGAGAAGUCGCUCGGCCUGCUGUGAUAUUCGUCACUAGAAUAACUCAUUGCAACACCUUCUGGGCCAGCCGUCCGUUCUUGAGCACCAUUCGCGGCGGUAUCUGAACAACUGUCCGACUGAGCCUUCGUCAGGGACGGAUCCCGAACUAUCGCUCCUCUGCUAAAUAGAGGAACGGAACUCACGCCGUUAGUCUGAAGCCGCUUGC